CCAGUAAACAAGUCAAAAAAGAUAAACUCAUGUAUGGAGAGGGAAUAUGUAAUUCGGUUGUUACUUUGGUUCCAUCUCAGCUUAUCUUUUGAAGGGAAAUGAUUAGGGAUGUCCUUAAUUACGUCGACUUUUACAUCAAGAUUCUUUGGGAGGGGUGUUGUUGCUGUUUUUUGGGAGGGGGGUUUUUGUAUUUUAAGUAUGUUCUUGUUUUGUUUUUCUCCAGGUCUCACCUUUUCUCUUAGCUCUAUGUGGAAACAGCCGUGAAACAGAGCUUGACUAAACUUUGGAUUCCAGUAAAGCGCUACACUGAACUUCCCAACACAUACCAGUGAGGAUGUCUCUAAUUUUGAGGAAGAAUGUCCUCUGCAAGCGUAUGUGCCAUAUCGUCAGUUCAGCAGUUUUGGGAACAGCAAAACUUCCUGUGUUGUAUUCACUCAAUUGUAGGCAGCUUUAUGUUGGCGAGAGAGCUUCGCUGACAAAGACCUUUAGUGCCAGAGAUGUUGCUCUUUUUUCUGAGCUUACAGGAGACACAAAUCCGCUCCACCUUGACCCCGAUUAUGCUAGAACUACCUCUUUUGAAACUCCAAUUGUUCACGGCGUGCUGAUUAAUGGACUUAUCUCAGCUGUCUUGGGGACUAAAAUGCCUGGUAAAGGGUGCGUGUUCCUUUACCAGGAAAUUCGUUUUCCAGCACCUCUCUACAUUGGGGAAGAAGUGGUAGCAGAAGCAGAGGUCAAGAAGAUCAAAAUGUCUUUUGCUUUCAUUGGUGUGUCCUGUUCUGUCAAAGACAAGGUUGUUAUGGAGGGUGAAGUCAUGGUGAUGAUGCCAGAGCAUGCCCAAGGACGUUGACAGCCACAGCCUUUUUUUUGUUUGUUUUUGUUCCUUGUAAACAUGGAAUAAGUAUGUUGUGUGUUAUUCUUUAUUUUUGAUUGAAAUAUUGUGAUGAGUGGCUCUUAUAUAAUUUAUGUAGAUUUGUGUUUUAUUAUUCUGAAGGGCAA